GUGCCGGAAGGGAAGGAGGAAGCGUGGACCAGCAACGCGACUCAGCGGCGCAAACUGAGCAGCGCAAACUCAGCGGCGUCCCGCGAUGGCGGCACAAGUUCCUGGCGAAGGGUCCGCGUCCCCUGCGCCCUCUAUGUCCUCACUGCCCCUGGCUGCGCUCAACGUUCGAGUGCGGCGCCGCCUGUCGCUGUUCCUGAAUGUGCGAACGCAGGUGGCGGCAGACUGGACCGCGCUGGCAGAGGAGAUGAACUUCGAGUACUUGGAGAUCCGGCAGCUGGAGACGCAGGCCGACCCCACGGGCAGGCUGCUGGACGACUGGCAGGGACGCCCUGGCGCCUCGGUGGGCCGACUGCUCGAGCUGCUCGCCAAGCUAGGACGCGAAGAUGUCCUCCUGGAACUGCGGCCCAGCAUCGAGGAAGACUGCCAAAAGUACAUUCUGAAGCAGCAGCAGGAGGAGUCUGAGAAGCCCUUACAGGUGGCCGCUGUAGACAGCAGCGUUCCACGGACCACAGAGCUGGCGGGCAUCACCACACUUGAUGACCCCCUGGGGCAAAUGCCUGAGCGAUUUGAUGCCUUUAUCUGCUACUGCUCCAGGGACAUCCAGUUUGUGCAGGAGAUGAUCCAGCAGCUGGAACAGACAAAUUAUCGGCUGAAGUUGUGUGUAUCUGACCGUGAUGUCCUGCCUGGCACAUGUGUCUGGUCUAUCACCAGUGAGCUCAUUGAGAAGAGGUGCCGGCGGAUGGUGGUGGUUAUCUCAGAUGAUUACCUGGAAAGCAAGGAAUGUGACUUCCAGACUAAGUUUGCACUCAGCCUCUCUCCAGGUGCCCAUCAGAAGCGACUGAUCCCUGUCAAGUACAAGGCAAUGAAGAAAGAAUUCCCCAGCAUCCUGCGGUUCAUCACUGUCUGCGACUAUACCAACCCCUGUACCAAAUCCUGGUUCUGGACUCGCCUUGCCAGAGCCCUGUCCUUGCCCUGAAGACUGCUCUGGGACCCUCAGUGUACGUGUCUGUCUGCCUGUACAUGUACUUCUGCCCCACCUCCCCCUGCAGUUGUAGGGGGACUGUGUGCUUCACUUGCCUCUUGAUUCCUGGAGAUGCCAAAUCCACAGGUACAUCUGCAGCCACUAUACACAUCUGGAUGGAACCAGUGGCUGCAAGUGCAUCUACUUGCUGGGUUAUCAGCCAGGACACUGAAAACCAGGGACAGCUGAGACUAAGAGGAGGACAAGAGGAGGCAGCUCUGACCUGUCCACAUAUCUUAGACCUCAGUUUCUCUACUUGAGAACUGAGUAGGGUGCGGAGAACAGACAGUAGCUAUGUUUGAAUCACUAUAGGAAAUGGUGAAGCACUGUUCUAGGUCUCCUGGGGAGACAAAUCUUGGCUGAGAGUGAGCUGGCUCCCUGGCCCUAUGCUGGCCACUUCUGGGACCAUAGCAUUGCCAGGGCAGCUGCUUCCACAACGGUGCCUACUCAUUGUCCACCUCACAUUUCACUUUCUCCUGCCCUGUGGUGUAGAUGCUGGUCCAGCACAGGAAGGUCCCACCUUGAGCUUGAAUCCCCAGUGGGUUCACCUCUCAUCUGCCUCUCUGAUUCCUCCCAGUCUCUGCCCACCUUCAGUGUGGCAAGUCCCCUGAGUAGCUGGGGCUGCUUUUCACUUCUAUCAAGAUGACUGGUCACACUCUCAGCUCUGCCUGGCAUGGGAUGAGAUUCAUUAAGUUCGGGUUCUAAGACUGUGUAAGCAGGAAACUCUCCUCCUUGGGCCACCCAUAGAGAGCUUUCUCAUCAACCUUCUGUACCUUGACUGCCUUCUGUACCUUGACUUGCUGGGACCAGUUUACAAACAGUGACCACACAAGAGCUUCCUGACUCAAAGCUUGUGGGCACAUGGACACAAACAGAGACACACAUAUACAUACACAUACAUACGCGUGUGCACACACACGCACACAUGCCGAUACAUACACACACAUAUUUCCCUGGUUACAACUUCCAAGUAGGGCUGAGUGAGAUAGUCCCACCAGUGAGGGGACCUAACCAUGGACAAAGACGGAACACUCUUGUAUUCCUUUUCUUUCUUCCCACUUCGUCGAAACCAGACUCUAGAAAGGAUCCAAUAUGCCAGCAUUUACAUCUUCAGUGAAGCACGGAGCAAGAAAGAGAGCUGCUUGAACUCAUAUGGCAAGUCAGCUACAGGCACAGCUGUUUCUUCCUCCUCAGGGGGUUUGUACAUUAGUUAACCUUAAGCUUUCCUUUGGGGAGAAAAUGUCAUAGUCUCAAGUCUGUCCCAGGGCAGACCCCAGGACCCUAAAUCUAAUAAAAAUGUGUCUUCUCUGCUCUACCUCCAACCAGAGCUGGCCCGAGGCACCUCUCCUCAGGGUCUGGGGAGGGACUGGAGGCCCCUCUUUGCGUGAUCACGGUGAAACACUUAGUUACCAUGUGCCUACCCCCACUUUGAUAUUGGGUAAUAUUUUAAAACAAUUUCAAGAAAGUAUCUCACACCUAUUUUAUAUACAUUGUAAGAAUUUCAGAGCAAGCCGAGAAAUGCCUGUUUGCCAUUUCUCUUUCUGAAUCCUGGGUUUAUAAUAAAAGUUUUCUACUUAGGAA